AUGAGUGACAGUCCCGUAAACCAGGGGAUACAGGUACGACCCACCGCACUGUGAAUGUCGAAUCCAUACUAGCAGCAGCAGCAGCAGCAGCAGCAGCAGCAGCAGCAGCAGCAGCAGCAGCAGCAGCAGCAGCAGCAGCAGCAGCAGCAGCAGCAGCAGCAGCAGCAGCAGCAGCAGCAGCAGCAGCAGCAGCAGCAGCAGCAGCAGCAGCAGCAGCAGCAGCAGCAGGAGCUUCCAUUCGCCGUGCUCUCCGACAAACGCAUUGUGCUGGCUGAUGCGGUGUCAGCUCAGUGCAAACUCUUCCUGUUUUUGUGA